UCCAGUGCAUUGUGGGACGUCCUUGAUCCAACAUGGCGGAUUGUUUUGAAAGUGCUGGCGGUAGCUGAUCAGUCCGUGCCUCGGGCGGUCCACUUCUGCGCUCAACUUCUGCUCUCUCUAGCAAGGCGACUUCAAAUUGCCUGGCAGGGAAAACCGGUUACCUUCACAAGUUUGCAGCAAGCUGGCCGGAAAACUGACGCCAAUCAUGAUGUUGUCAGCUAGCGGCGGCCUGAUGCACUGAUGACGAUGCAACACGACCCGGAGCAAGCCCAGCAUCUCCAUCGAUGGCAGAAGCCGUACUUCGAUGGCAAAGUGGCGGAAGCUUACCCGGCACAGAAAGCGGACGCCUUGCGUGGACAGUGUGGGCAGAUCCAGUACGCGUGGGCCACAGACAAUAUUACGGAGCUGACAGCGUCCAUGCUCCUAAAGCAGUAUGCAGAGAAGUAUGUCAACGUGGUGGACAACACAGACGGAAGCACAGGUCUUAACAAUUACGCUGAUGGCGCGCUGUCCUUGGCUUCAGGCCACAGGAACGAGAGUGGCGAGUGGCAGACAUCACUUAGCAUGGACAACAUGCAGAACAUGCAGGGGGUCCAGGACCUCAUGUCAGCGUCAAAGGUGGAUGCAGCAAAGAUGAUGAACUCCUCUACUGCGGACAUCCCGCUGUCGGAACAGACGGCAUCAUAUCCCGUCAACAGCAGCACGUGCAUGCAGGCGGGCGCCGCGUGGCCGUACCCGCCCAACUCUUCCUGCGGCGGCAAGGACCCCGGCGUGGUCGGGCAGGACAUCGGCAUGAACGCCUACCACCAGCCAGACAUGUACGGCAACAUGAGCGCGUAUCAGGACCCCAACGGCGCCCCCUACCCCCCACCUCAGAACGUGCAGAUGCAAAUGAACCAUCACCACGGGCAGCCGGUCAUGAACCACCACGGACCCAUGAGCCACCCCGGCUCCAUGAACCACCAGGGCGGCAUGAGCCACCACCCCCUGGGCCCCCAGCCCGGCAUGCAGCAGGGCAUGGUGCAGGGCAUGGGACACCCCGGCUCCCUGCAGCAGGCUGCGAGCCCCGUGUACGCUAACCACCAGAAUAGGAACUUUAGAGCGAACAGCGCACCCUCCCUCUCCCGGACGUCCUCCUCCCCCAACGUUCAGGGCGGGAGCCCCAUGAACGGUUACCCCGCGGUCAGCAGCCCCUCCGCGAACACUGCCGUGAGCACGCCGGGGGCCACCUUCCCCACGCACCCCCCCACCUCCUGCAACGUGCCGCCGCCCGGCCCGACAACCAUCCCUGCUUAUUCUAGUGCAUCAAAUGCAGGUUAUUCCAGCGCACCGACGACAGGCUUCGCUAAUGCACAGUCCUCUGGAUAUUCUAAUGCACCAAGUGCACAUGCACAGUCUGGGAUCUACCCAACAUCAGCGUCUUCACUCAAGAGAAAAGCUUCGUCAAUGGAAGGAGGUGAUCAGAACAACUAUGGGAGCUACCCCUACGGUAACCAUGGAAACCAGUAUGGCGGCACAUCCUCAUGCAGAUAUAACCCUAGAGAGGGCGGAAACAUGGCGGACCCCAACAGGAGAGACUGUAUGGAGGAGUCAGGCAGUACAGAGGACCAGGCCUCCAUGAACUUUUGUACUGCCAGGGAACAACUGGCCAUCAACAACCAGAAGAAGUAUGGCCGCUCCAAGAUGCCCACGCCGACUGCGUCUUCGUACGGGACUGUAAAGAAAUCCUUGGGCGCGCGGCCCCGAGGGCCUUCUAGCAAAUUUGUGCCACCUGUGCUGAACAAGGAGGAUUCCAGCGAUGAUGGGGGCCAGCUGGUAAGACGAGCGGGGCCCAAUAAGCAGGCAGGGAUGGCUCCAAACGGAGGGGAGCCGCUAGAUGAGAGACUGAAAAAUAUUGAGCCAAAGUUGAUCGAAAUGAUCCAGAAUGAGAUAAUGGACCACGGCCCCCCUGUGUCCUGGGACGACAUCGCCGGGCUGGAAUUCGCCAAAGCCACCAUCAAGGAGAUCGUGAUUUGGCCAAUGCUCAGGCCGGACAUUUUCAAGGGGCUUCGAGGACCUCCCAAAGGGCUUUUAUUGUUUGGGCCUCCUGGAACGGGAAAAACCUUGAUAGGCAAAUGUAUAGCAAGUCAAUCCGGAGCCACUUUCUUCAGCAUCAGCGCCUCUUCCCUUACGUCCAAAUGGGUGGGGGAGGGAGAGAAGCUGGUUCGGGCGCUGUUUGCGGUAGCCAGGUGUCACCAGCCAGCUGUGGUAUUUAUUGACGAGAUCGACUCGCUCCUGUCCUCGCGGUCCGAUGGCGAGCACGACGCCUCUCGCAGAAUCAAGACAGAAUUCCUGGUGCAAUUUGAUGGAGUUGGGACAAGUUCAGAAGACAGAAUUCUCAUAAUUGGUGCUACAAACAGACCGCAAGAGAUCGACGAAGCGGCGAGACGGCGCCUGGUGAAGAGGCUGUACAUCCCCCUGCCCGACUACCCCGCACGCUGCCAAAUUGUGCACAGUCUCAUGUCCACUCAGAACCACAGCCUUACCGAGGACGACAUCAGCAUCAUCUGUCAGAGAGCUGAAGGUUACUCUGGCGCUGAUAUGGCCAAUCUGUGCAGAGAAGCUGCCCUAGGUCCCAUCCGGAGUAUACAGGGCUCCGACAUACAGAACAUCACCCCUGAUCAGGUGAGGCCCAUCCUGUUCAGAGACUGUGAGGAAGCCUUCCGCCACAUCAGACCAAGUGUAACACAGAAGGACCUGGACUUGUACGUCGAGUGGAACAAACAAUUUGGUAGCGGCGCCACCUAGGAAAAGCCUCUGGAACUACAGGAAAAAAACUUUGGAGCACUUUGAACAAAGAGACAGUCCAAGCCCCUCUUGCUCCUACUGCAGCCAAAGCAAGCUUCUAGCUAACUCAAUCAACCAAUGACUACUGAUUAACCAAAGCUAGUUAAUACUAGUUGUUGCCAUUUUUUCUGUGAUUGUGUUUUGUGCGUUUGUGCUCGUGACCAGUGCUAUAAGCCGAGUUGAGAACUCUUUACCCGAAGCUGUGGUGAAAAUUUCCUUUUGUUUUAUGUCUUAAGUCGUGGACUCCUUACCCCACAUGCUACCUCACAGUAUAACAGACAGCCUGCCUUAUUUUGCUCAGGGUGCUUUUGUUGCCCCCCUCCCCCAUCAUGCUGUACAUUGGCACAGUCAAUCUCCCAUAUAUGAGACACUUCCAACAACCUCACGUUUUGUAUAGUGUAUAGAGAGCUGUGCAUAGCCCAAAGCCAAUUGGAAAAACAGGGUUGUUUUCUAACAUAGGUUCAGACAGUACAGUACUGAUAAGAAAGGAAGGUUGUUCUCAUUUUGUACGUCGUAGACACGAGGGUUGGUGGGAUGGAGUAUUGAGCCACAGAAACGUUACCAUUCCCUCUGACACCACUCCAGACAGUCAUUAACAACAUUGACACUGUCACGUCCAAACAUCUACUGUCAAAUUUCUAUCAGCUAUGUAGUAACCCUAAAUUUCUUGUGUGUAAAAAAAAAUCUUCUUGAAAACCAGAGCUGUCUGAUUUAGGAAUUUCAUAACAAAUAUGCAAACUGUCUGAAAUGAGUAGGAUGCCAUUCAUAGAAUUUCUAUCUGAAAUGAAAAUUCCACAGCCCUUAAAUGGAAGAAAUCUAAGCACCUACUGUCAUAACUUAUUGUCAAAACAGAUUUUUUUUAAAUCUCUGGUUCUAAUAGCAGUUGCUUAACUUUUCUGUUAAAAUUUUCUCAAACCUUGGGAUUUUUCUGUUUCUUUUUUAAAAUGGUUUAUACAUGUGGUCACUGAUUUUGUCUGUGAAUGAAAUGGUGGAUUUUCAGACCAGAAAGUUAAUACCGAAUGGUUCAAAAUGGUUCAAAUUAUCACGAUGGUUUAGUUUCCAAACAGGUGUAAGUAGACGUUUGCGUGACCCGUCCGAUAACUGAUGCAGCCAUCCCUCUGUAAUGUAUUGUUAUUGCCUAACUCUACCUGGACAUAUAUAUUGCAACUGCCUUGCCGACAAAGAAGACACACAAAAAAACCAAAGACUAUAACUCCGCUUUUGUUGCCUUUCUUACUCGUGUACACAAACGAAGAAGUACUCUGAAACCUUGUCAGUCCUUAUGACAGAGCCAAUAUCUUACCUCAACAUAGCAAACAGUCUCCUAUACCCAGUAACAACAAUACUACUGGUACAUACAGGGAUGCCAACUGUGGGGUUUCAAAGAAUGUAGUAAUGAUUGUUUAAGGGGAUGAAGUUGAGUGAACUCCACAGAGGGCAGCCUUGUAACAUAUUACAUCGUGGCAUGGAAGAUCACUUUCAAGAGAUCCAGAACAUCACAAAACUACUGUCAAAGUAGUACUUUCUUAUUUCUCGAGAAAGAAGAAGGCGUCUUUUGAAAUUGUAUGAUUUUUUUAUGAAUAGCAUGUAAACUCUGAGGAAAUUUUUGGUCCAAAUGUGCAUUAAUUCUGUCUUUCUCCCACCCCAUGUCAUAAAUGUCACAAAAGGAUUUCUUGACAGUAUUCUUCAUGCAGGCAAACAACAUGCGAUCCUAAUAGGCUAAUGAACCCACUGUCACUUCUGUCAAAAAUUACUGACAAAAAUUACUGCUGCAAAUUUCUGAACUAUAAUACAAUGUACAACAUGUCUAGAAGGAUUCAUGAAUUAGUACACAAAACUGCAUAGAACAAUUUUUUCCUUCUAUUUCUUCUUGCUAUGUGAAUCUUACACAUACAAUACAGCAACAGUCAUUUUUAUUUUUGUUCAAGUCGUAGCCAUGUGAUUGUGGUCCCUACUGUACCAAGCUUUCUUUUACAAAUCCCUGUGACUGAAAACUUCAGAGUACUGUAAUAGAAAAGAGCUCCUGAUAGAAGGACCAUGUUUCCCAGGCUACUUGUAUAUGCAAAUGAGUGAAAAAAGCCAGGGCAGCUUGUCUCCAUGUUUCUAUGGCAACAAAGGGCCUUGAUUGACACCUGCCUAUCAAAGCUGUCUCUGUCCAUCCCUUUGCCCUCUCUAUAUGAAAUACCAAAUAUUUUGAAAGAGAUUAUAUGUUGCAUGUGAAAAACCAAUCUUGUCUGGGCACCUACUUCUAGUUGUGACUACGUAUUUGUGUCGUCUUUGAAUGUGACAUAAAAUAGCGUUGGUGAAGUCUGUCUCAAAGCGGACCACAGAUCUGGUAUUUUUUAGACGUCUUCUUUUUGUGAAGACCUACGUCUUGUAAAUAGACUGCAAGAAUUUGAAAGAAACUGUCGUGAUUCUAAAAAAAGAUGGCUCAGAACGACAGCUUUAAUGGACAGCUGUUGUAUAAAGGCGACUGUACAGAGAACUUGUGUGAAACUGCCGUUAUAUGCAGUUGUAAAACCAACAUAGCAGCAACCCUUGUUCUUGUCUCUACUUGUAUGUUGUGUGGCCGACAUGUGGCCUGUGUGUUACCUUACCUUGUUUGAUAGAUGAUAAAUAAACACAUGCCAAAGGUUUAUUACAAAACUUCCUAUGACGAGACAAAAAGGGGGCAACUUGGAUGGACCAUUGCAGUCUUUGUGUAGAGAAAUAUCGAUAGAUAAAGUCAAAUUAUUGUAGUUAUAACUGUGUAGAGUGCUGACCUCACUAGAACUCUGCGUUGAGAAUAGUGUACUCCAGAGAGAUACCUUGAGCAUAGCUUUGGGCUAACAUGAUAUGGCCAGGCCUGGUUUCUAAUGCUGGCUGUGUAAGUACGAAGCUGUACAUGUACCUGCUGUUCAUCAGGCUGUUCCACCCUGUAAAUACUCAUGCUGUGUCAUCAUGACGGUCUUGCUGUGCUCUUGCCAGUUAAUUAAAUUUGCAGAGACCAUGUCUUGCCGAAAGUGAAUUUUUCAGCUAUGCUGGCUCUUCCACUGUUUCAAAAAACAAAGAUGGAAAAUUUUGGUAUAUUUCUUUGUUUGUUGUUGUUGUUCUAUAGAAAGGUUGUAAGACUGGCUUUAUAAUGAAUUGUACUACAAGAAGGAAUUGACCGGAGUGUGAUAAAGCCUAUAAACCCAGUGGUUUCCAUGAUUAUAGUCUUGUUUUUUCGUCUGUAUUGUGCGCCGUCCUCUAAACAAGAAAAGCCAUAUUUCUGCACAUGCAGCCAACUCCAGCUCAGGGAAAAACGAAGACGAUUCACAUAAAACAUGCCUCCAUGGAAUUUCUCAAACUUUUAAAGCGACAAUCUAACACUUAUUGACCACACGAGAACAAAAAAACAAAAUAGCCUGGAUUUUAGUUUUGUAAGAACCAUUUUGCAGUAGCAUAGCUCCAAACUGAAGUUAUUUGUUGCUAUUAUAUUGUUGUUUUUAAACAUCGCUAACAUUGUGGGACAGCCUGGUCUAUGUUUUUGCUCCUUCUCGGCUGCUUUCUUAGGUCUAAUUGAUGUGAAGCUGGCUUGUAUUGGUCAUGUUUGAACCCAAGACUGAAUCUUGGAAUGAUAGUUGUAUUACUGAUGUGGAAGAUUGUAACAUUUUAAGUAAUGGCAUUUCUUGAGGAAAAUGCUCUUAAGGUUUAUGUCCUGACUUGUCCAGAACUGCUUAAGGGACAUUUUAAAAUUUUUUUCUCCAAGUGAAUUUUGGAAGGAAAAAGCACCAAAAGUUGUAUUGAGUAGAAAUAUUAUACUAUAGAUUUGGGGAUUAUGAGACUGUUGUCAUCUUUUACAGUAUGAAAGAAAGAAAUACAUUUAUUCUCCCAUAGGCAAAGACUGUUCCGAAUGUUGUGCUGUCCCCAUGUAAUGCAGUUCAGCUAGGCAGGCUGGAUUCACGUAAAAGUCCACUUUUCUGUUCUCGCGAAAUCUUACAUUUCAUUCAUCUCAUGCCCUUGUACAGAUGACGGUCAAACGCAAUGGCGCAACAGCAAGACGACAAAAAAAUGAACUCCGAAGACUUGAUCUUCUUGCUAUUUUCUUUAAAGGAAAACGACUACCAAGUGGUCACUUUUUGAAUGUUCUUUCCGUAGCCAGUAGUACAAAAACCUUGUAGAUGAUAUGUUGAAGACGUCUCAGUCAGUGUUAAAGUUUGACUUGUAGAGUUUAAGAAGUAGCCAGUGAAAAAAGAACACCUGUAACAUUCCCUUGGAUAGGACAGUGAAUGAGUCCGUGUAUUUGCUUAUCCGUGUGCUAGCUGUAUAGUCUUGACCAGUGAACAUUGUGUAAGUAUAUGGUUCUACCAGGCAUACCUUGCCGUGCCUGGCGAUGGUAAAGCCAUCGUUAAAAAUACUACUGUCUCCUCUUAUAGCCGGGACCAGCAAGGCCCCUACUCCGUCAUUGUAACUCUGUGGAUAGUAGAUUGAUUGAAGAAACUAUAGCUCCAAGUUUUGUGCUAGUUUUUCCCAGCCUUUGGUUCACCUGAGCAUCUCGAUGUGUGAAAAAGCAGGAGUCUUCUCCAUGUGAAGGGUCUGUCGGUGUUUUUACUGUGCUGUGCUUGGUGCAGUUUGUGUCAAGCAUCAUUUACAGUUGAAUAAUGCAUUAUUAAUAAAGUAUAUUCCUUUAUUCUGUUAAUAAAAAAAGUUUUAUAGCAA